AUGGCUCCAGUUUAUGAUAAAAUUGCAAGCCUCAAUCCGAUUAGAGAUAAUUGGAAUAUUCUUGUGAGGGUUAUUAGGUUUUGGACCAUUCGUGUUGGAGGACAAACAACUGAGAUAGAUAUGAUUCUCAUGGAUGAUAAGGGUUCCAGAAUUCAGGCUACUGUUAACAAACACAUUGCCACAAAAUACGAUAAGCUGAUCAGGGAGGGUGCCGUUUAUGCAAUCCAGAACUUCACUCUGGCGAAUAAUACCGGAGGUUUUAAGGUUGCGGAUCAUGAAUAUAAAAUUACUAUUCAGGGUGAAACAAUUGCACUAUUGCAAUAUGAUUCUUUGGUUCCAGCAACGAUCUGGAAUUCUGUGAAGUUUGAUGAUGUUUUAGGGGGUGUUCUGGAUGACUCGCUGUUAGUAGAUGUGAUCGGGCUGUUGAGCCGUGUUGGUGAGCAACGUAACUUUGACGGAGGGAAGAAGAUGAAACAAAUUGUCCUGAAUAGCUUUGGUGUGGAGCUUACUUGCUCUUUUUGGGGUCACUACGUGGAUGAGAUUGAUCGUUAUUUAUCUACAAACGAUCCUACAAAUGUUGUUGUUGUUAUAAUGUGUGGGAAAAUUAAGGAAUUUCAAGGAAAAAGAAGCAUUCAAAAUAUGCUUCAUUGCUGCAAAAUUAUGUUCAAUCCAACAAUCCUUGUUGCCCUUGAAUUCAAGGAAAGCAUGGCACAACAGAAUCCAUCUCUCCAACAAGGCGUUGGCCACAUUGUAGAUGCUUCUCAGGUGUCGUUGAAAGAUGAUUUCCUGAAUUUACAUGAGCGAAAAACUCUAUCUGACCUAAAGGAUCUUGCCCUUACUGUGUUUCUAAAAUUUUAG